AUGGAAAAAGUAGUUGGCUACCUAGAUGGCGCCGACCUUGGCGUUUUGGCGGCUUACUUUGUUAUCGUCUUUGCUGUCGGUAUUUGGUCAUCAUGCAGAAAUCGGGGCAGUGUCGGUGGUUAUUUCUUGGCCGGCCGAUCGAUGAAUUGGGUUCCGGUUGGCGCAUCGGUUUUCGCAAGUAACAUCGGCUCAGGGCACUUUAUUGGAUUGGCUGGUUCUGGUGCAUCUACUGGGAUUAGCAUUGCCGCCUUCGAGUUUAACGCCGUCUUUGUCCUCUUCUUCCUAGGAUGGCUUUUCUUGCCUGUUUACAUUGUCUCUGGGGCUGACUUGUACGCUGGUGGCGUGUUUAUUCAACAAUCAAUGGAGAUCUCAAUGUACCCGGCUGUCAUUAUGCUAUUGAUUAUAUCCGCAUUGUUCACGAUCAUGGGUGGUCUCACUGCUGUCAUUUGGACCGACUUCGCGCAGACCGUCAUAAUGAUUAUAGGUGCUUUCUACCUUAUGAUCCGAAGCUUCCAAGUGACUGGAGGAUUUGACGGAAUGGUCCUUAAUUACUUCAACGGCAUCCCGAAUACGACCCGCGCUUACCAGAGCACUCCGUUCAAAACACAAAACCCAACAGCUUUCUCACCAGAUCUUUAUGGGACUGACACGGAUCGUAAUGCCGUCCUAGCUUUAGCGGAUCCUUCUUAUCGAAAUCAGGGUAUAUAUGCCGAGUGCAGUAUUGCGCCUUCGGAUGCAAUGAAUCUUUUCAAAACAAUUACUAGCACUGAUCUCCCAUGGGUUGGUGCCAUUUUUGGUCUGACAGUCAAUGCAACAUGGUACUGGUGUACGGAUCAGGUCAUUGUCCAGCGAGUCUUGGCCGCUAAAAACUUGACACAUGCAAGGGCUGGAAUUAUAUUGGCUUGUCUAAUUAAAAUGAUGCCUUUGUGGUUAAUGGUCGUGCCUGGAAUGGUCGCUCGUAUUCUCUUUGCUGAUACGGUAAUGUGUGGUUCGGCUCCCCUUUGUGCGAAAAUUUGUGGUAAAUCAGUUGGUUGCUCUGACAUUGCUUAUCCCUCUUUGGUCCUCAACCUUCUUCCUUCGGGCGCUCGAGGCCUCAUGCUUGCUGUAAUGAUUGCAUCCUUGGUGUCAAGCUUGACGAGUAUUUUUAAUUCUACAUCAACAAUUUUCACUGUGGAUAUCUGGAAAUUAAUUCGUAAAAGGGCAAAAGAUUCUGAAAUUAUGAUCGUUGGCCGUGUUGUCGUCAUCAUUUUGGUCGGUAUCGGUAUUGCCUGGAUCCCUAUUGUGCAACUCAGCGAUGAACUUUUCGACUACAUUCAAUCAGUCACCGCUUACCUCGCACCCCCAAUUUGUGCUGUCUACGUAUUUGGCAUUUUCUGGAAACGGUCAAACGAAAUUGCGUCUUUCACGGCCCUUAUUUGUGGACUCAUUAUCGGCAUGAUCCGAUUUAUCUGGGAAAUGUCAUACGGAAAGACCCCAUGUGGUGAAAUUUCAACGAAUCCGCCUCAUUUUCUCAUCCAAGUACACUACCUCCACUUUUCAAUUCUGCUUUUCGGCAUCUCCAGCAUCAUAAUUGUGUCUGUUUCGCUUGUCACACCUCCACUUCCGUCUCGCUUUACUCGAAGAAUGGUGUUCUCUGAGCGCUGGACUGAGUUCGAUCCAGAAUUGGAUGGCCCUAAGUUGACUAUAGUCUCUGCAGCCGAAAAAGAGGCCUGGAUCGAAGAGGGUGAAGCUGAAAAGCCCCAGCUGUCCUGUUGCAAGAAGACGAUCAACUGGCUCUGCGGUAUUGAGAAGAUGCAGGACUCCCGUGAACCUGUUUAUACUGAGGAAGAGGCUGAUGAAAUAAUGGAAAACACUCGAAGACAACUUAGUCUCUUCCAGAAGCCAAUAGAAGCUUGGGGAGUUAACAUUGGCAUAGCUAUUGCCAUGGGUAUCACUGUCUUCAUUUGGGGCUUCUUUGCAUAA